CUUCCUUCUGUCGAUCGAAACCUGACGAAGACGAACCUCGGUCGUCGACGAAAAGACUUCGCGGUGGAGGUAAAGUAAAUUCACACAGAAGAAAAUGAACUCCGUGGAAAAGAAGCUGGCGGACCUGAUUCGGAGACACCCGAACCUGUACGACCCGUCCCGGCGGGACUACAAAGACACCGUGAAGGGGCAUCUGUCGUGGAAAGAGGUCGCGGACGCCAUGGAGAAGUCGGAGGACGAGGUGAAGCUGAAAUGGAAGAACCUGCGCGACAAGUUCUGCAAAGCGAAGAAGCGAAUGGCCAAGAGAAGCGUCCCGCUGCUGGACGACGAGGAGAACCGGCUGGAGCGGCCCGCCCCGGUUCUGUUCAAUCAGCUGGCCUGGCUCAGCGCCUAUGUCAAACCCAGAGUAGAAACGGGUUCGGGAGACGCCGAAGAAGUACCAGGAAGUGUCGGCUUCCCAGAGAAAGAGGGGCACAAGGAGAGGAAGGAGCAGCACUGCCCUCUGCCUGUGGUGACCUCCAUCUUUCCUCUGGUGGAGUCCUGUUCGGCCAACGAUCAGGAGUUGAAGAGGUUUCCUGCUGCUCCUAAGCGUAAACUGCAAACAGUCACAGAAACGGAGACAAACUCUGGCGACGCUCCCAACAACCUCAGAGAUGAGGAUGAAAUGUUUUUGCUCAGCCUUCUGCCCUCACUCAAAAGACUUACCAUCAAAAAGAGGAUGGAGGUGCGGAUGAGAUUCCAACAAGUGCUUUAUGCUGCCGAGUUUGAGGACUAAGCGGAAUUAAAACAAUUUAGACAAGCAGGCAGUUUGUACAGAGAUGUUUUUAGAAUAAUGA